UAUAUAUAAAUAAUAAGUCUUGAGAAAACCCUUUCUCCCACCUCCCGCCCCUUCGAGAUCCACCGCUCCUCCUCCAUUUUAAACCCUAGAUACCACCGUCGGAGCGUGCCAAAUACUCGCCGGAAUUUCAAGUUUGAUUAAAAAAAAAAUUACAAGUAGAGAGAGAAACAAACCGACGCCGGUUUCUCUCUUUCCAUCGGAUCUGAUUCGCAUCCAGGCCUUUUCUUAGAUCGUUGAUCAGUGAUGGCAGCGGAAGCAGCAGUAGUGACGGCGGCAGCGGAAGCAGCGGCAGCAGCGGCGGAGGUGGUUGCAGCGGCAGAGGUGGCAGCUCAGAUAGCAGUGUCCCCUCAAGUUGUUGGGAACGCAUUUGUGCAGCAGUACUACCACAUACUGCAUCACUCACCGGGGCUCGUUCAUAGGUUUUAUCAGGACAACAGUAAGCUCGGUCGCCCUGAAAUCGAUGGCUCCAUGAGCAUCACCACCACUAUGCAAGCGAUCAACGAGAAGAUAAUUUCACUCAAGUAUACCGACUUCAGAGCUGAGAUCAGGUCGGUGGAUGCCCAAGAGUCGUUUGACGGUGGAGUUCAGGUUCUUGUAACUGGCUAUCUAACAGCGAAAGACAAUAAAGUUAGCCAUUUUGCUCAGUCCUUUUUCCUUGCUCCACAAGACAAGGGCUACUUUGUUUUGAAUGACAUGCUCCGAUAUGUGGACACUGUCGCUCUCAACCCGGCAUUGAUCACUGAAGUUGUCGUGCCUAUUGCUGCAGCGCCAAUACCUGCUGAUCCAGUUCAGGAGAAUCAUGUUUCCGAGCAGAGCACACCAUCUGCAGAGGAAGCUGUUGCAGGAGAAGUUUACAACCCACCUGAGAAUGGAGAUGUUGCAAUUGCUGAAGAAGAAGAAGAAGAACCUGUAGCUGAAGUUGUUGAUGAAGUGCAGGAAAUUGCGAAACCGUUGGAUCGAUCCAGUGCCAAAAUUGAAGAAGCCCCAAAGAAGACUUAUGCCUCUAUUGUGAAGCAUCUGAAGUCAAAUGCUGCAAGUUUCUCGCCUCCACCAGCGGCUCCCCGAAAAGUAGCACCAAAGACCAUCGAGCCGGUGAACCCUACUUCUGUUCCAGCACCUGAUAGACCAAUUUCCAGUUCGAAUUCUGUUGAUAAUGAACAUAUCCAAGAGGGUGAAGCUGAUGGUUACUCGGUUUACAUAAAGGGCCUUCCGAUGAAUGCUACCGAUGCCAUGCUUGAGGAAGUAUUUAAGAAAUUUGGGACCAUCAAGAAUGAUGGAAUUCAAGUUAGAAGCAACAGGCAACAAGCUUUUUGUUUUGGUUUUGUGGAAUUUGAGGAAGCAACUUCUGUCCAAAAAGCCCUCGAGGCUUCUCCAGUAGCAAUUGGUGGACGACAAGUCUUUGUCGAAGAAAAGAGGUCUAAUUCUCGAGGGAAUAAUAAUAGGGGAAGGUAUAUAUCUGGAAGGGGUUCUAGUUUCAGAAACGAGGGAGUUAGAGGGCGCGGAAACUAUGGUGGAGGUGGUAGGGGUUACAACAGAGGCGGUGAUUUUAACGGCAGGAGUGAGUUCGGAAACAGGGGCGGAAAUCGAGGCGGAUCAUCAAACCGUGAUGGAUAUCAGAGGCCCGAGAAUGGUGGCACUAGCAAUGGAGGCCGUGUGAACCGACCUGCCGGUGGUGGAAUGGCUAAUGGCACAGCAAAGAAUAUGACACCUCGAGUUUCUGCUACUGCUUGAGGAAAUUGUAGCUUAUUAGAGGGUAGUCUACGAGUGGUGGUCCGAAAUAGGCUUUUCUUUGUUUUAAUUUCGACGAGUUUUUAUCUAGCGGGGAUUUUUAUUUUUUUUAUUCGGCACUUCCAUUGAAGGGUCACUGUCUGAAUUUUUUUUCGUCGGCUCUCCUAACUAAUUUAUUUCACAUUUUUCUCAUUUGUGGUCGUAGUUCAUUGGUAGGCGAGAUAUAUAGUAGAUUCUUUUUGGUAGUGUAGUGCCAGCCAAGGCCCCGGAAGAAGAAAAAAUCGUAACUCGUUGGGCAUGUUUUCGGUUCUUUUGUAUUUCGAAACAAUUGUGUUCUCUUUUUCUUUAAUCAAUCUCUUUAAGAGCGAGAUCUCUUUCACCUA